GAUUCCGACCACUUGACCAAACUAAGGUACUGUCGAAGCUCGUGUAACACAAUCUGUACGAAAAUUUCCAAUUAUUGCAAGACUUCAGAAACCACUUCCUCGUCUCGCUUCAAGCAAAGCGGGCAAGAAGCCUGAGGCGAAAUCCAAUAGUGGAUCUCACUCCAUCAUUCUCCGAUUCUUCCCCUCAACACACCAGGUAAGCUGACACGAGUCGUCACCUCGCUCUUUGACGACAGCUCGUACCUUGCAUGAGCUUUCCACCACACCAAGUCAACGGAACGAAGCACAAAGACGCCCACCUUCAUACGCCAAGAAGCGAUUCAGUGAGCACGAUCUUUCAGGCGAAUCAUCAAGUCAAGCACAAGAUGGCCUCAGCCGAACAUACAAACGCCUCUCAAGACAAGAUCGAAAUUCAAGGCCUCCAAUUGCCAUCUCCCAUCCUCACACCAGAUGUCUGGGGGAAUCAAAAAGAGCAACCCGCGACAUUAAAUGUAAAAUUGCUCUUACAUUCCACUUUUCAAAGUGCAUCGGAGAAAGACAAAUUGGACGAUAGCACGAUUCAUUACGGGAAUUUGGCCAAAGCAAUUCGAUCAAACUCUACAUCUUCACACACAGUAGAAGAUGUACUGUCAGGGACGGAGCAAGCAAUUCAUCAGCUAGCAUUGAAAGGCGAGGGGAAGUUCGUUGUGAAGGAGAGUGUGGUAGAAGUACAUUUGCCAAAGGGGAGUAUGCUGGGAAGUGGGGCUGUGGUUUCGAGGAGGACAACGUGGAAUCAGAACGGAGAGAAGCAGCAAGUCCAGGAAGGAUUCGAGGCGAGAGAUGUAGGGAUCCCAACCUUGAUCGGGGUGAACGCGUACGAGCGGGGUCUGAAGCAGCCACUCGUCGUCACUUUUGGGUUAGAGUGGCGGACAGAAGAUCAACAGAGUCAGCAGAAGGAGGGUUUGUUUGCGCUGGAGAAGGAGGUCGUCAAUAUCGUGCAGGAAACCGCGUACGAGACGUUGGAGACGCUGGUCGAAUAUGUGUACGCUCAGCUUCUGCGGAAACAGCCGCAGGCUCUAUCGCCAGGUUCAAGAUUCCGGCUGCGGAUCGAGAAGCCGAGGGCAAUUGCUUUUGCGGAUGCCCCGAUCAUUGAGAUUGUGAGAACUGUGCCUACUGAACAGGCGGCGCAGAGUAGCGUAUCCUCGCAUGAUGCACUUUCUGUGACUCUGGCGGGAUUGAGCGUUGUGAAGCCAUACUCAGGUUGAGGCUUGGAGGCAGACGGCAGGGCUGUGAAGUGGACGUAGGGCUGCGAAAAUUGAAGGAUCCUUGAAGCAGAUUCCUCAUUGCUCAAAGGGACGAUGUUCCUUGUGCAAUGAGACAACGCAUUUUUUCAAAGUAACGCGGAGCGUGCUCCGUCGAGGCCCGCUGCUAGUCGUAGUGACCCAC